CCCACAUCCCUUCCUACAAGCAGAGAGGAGGCUGCUUGAUUCUCUCUCCUUUGCAAAAGCUUCCUUGGUGCCAGUUCCUGGAAUCCGGACCCUGAAGCUUGUUUGGGCUCCUCAACUCCUCAGGAAGGAUGAAAGAGACAGAUCCUGCAAAUCUAACAAGGAUGGAAGGGGGAAGGUGGACGGUUAACCUGGUCAGGUUGCCUCCUGCAUCCCUCCCCACAACCUCUGAGCGUUCCCUCCCAGGGACCUACGAGAGAUCUGAUGGUGAUGAAUUGGAAGGGAAGAACAAGGGGGAAGGGAAGAACAGAAACCACAUAGCGGAGAAGUCCUAUAAAUAUUCAGAGUGUGGAGAGAACAUCCGUCAGAGCUCCCAGUCCACCUCCCAUCAAAGAAAGAGCUUCAUUCGGAGGGAUAGCUUUAAUUCACACGAAAGAACACAGAGUAGGAAGAAAUUGUAUCAGUGCAGAGAAUGUGGAAAGAGCUUCAGUUUCAAGAACAAUCUCACUUCCCAUCAAAGAAUUCAUACAGGGGAGAAACCCUAUCAGUGCUUGGAGUGUGGAAAGAGCUUCAGUCGGACGGAUCAUCUCACUUCCCAUCAAAGAAUUCAUACUGGGGAGAAACCCUAUCGGUGCUUGGAGUGUGGAAAGAGCUUCAAUCGGAAGGAACAUCUCUCUUCCCAUCAAAGAAUUCAUACUGGGGAGAAACCCUAUCGGUGCUUCGAAUGUGGAAAGAGAUUCAGCAGGGGGAUCUAUCUCACUUCACAUCAAAGAAUUCAUACAGUGGAGAAACCAUAUCAAUGCCUGGAAAGUGGAAAGAGCUUCAGUGACAGGCUGAUUCUCACUUCACAUAAAGAAAAUCAUUCAGGGGAGAACCCCUAUCAGUGCUUGGAAUGUGGAAAGAGCUUCACUAAUAGCUCCCAUUUCACUUCCCAUCACAGAAUUCAUACAGGGGAGAAACCCUAUCAGUGCGUGGAAUGUGGAAAGAGCUUCAGUCAAAGUCACCAUCUCACUUCCCAUCAAAGAAUUCAUACAGGGGAGAAACCCUACCAGUGCUUGGAAUGUGGAAAGAGCUUCAGUCUCAAGCACAAUCUCAAUUCCCAUCAAAGAAUUCAUAUAGGGGAGAAACCCUAUCAGUGCUUGGAAUGUGGGAAGAGCUUCAAUCAAAGCAGCGCUCUCACUUCCCAUCAAAGAAUUCAUACAGGGGAGAAACCCUAUCAGUGUGUGGAAUGUGGAAAGAGCUUCAAUCAAAGCAGCUCUCUCACUUCCCAUCAAAGAAUUCAUACAGGGGAGAAACCCUAUAAGUGCUUGGAAUGUGGAAAGAGCUUCAAUCAAAGCAGCUCUCUCACUUCCCAUCAAAGAAUUCAUACAGGGGAGAAAACCUAUCAGUGCUUUGAAUGUGGGAAAAGCUUCCGUGAGGGGACUGAGCUCACUUCCCAUCACAGAAUUCAUACAGGGGAGAAACCCUAUCAGUGCUUGGAAUGUGGGAAGGGCUUCACUAAAAGCUCCAAUCUCGCUUCACAUCAAAGAAUUCAUACUGGAGAGAACUUGUAUCAGUGCAGAGAAUGUGGGGAGAGCUUCAGUCAGAAGGAGAGUCUCACUUCCCAUCAAAAAAUUCAUUCAGGGGAGAAACCCUAUCAGUGCUUGGAAUGUGGAAAGAGCUUCAGUCAAAGCGCCCAUCUCACUACCCAUCACAGGAUUCAUACAGGGGAGAAACCCUAUCAGUGUUUGCAGUGUGGAAAGAGCUUCAGUCGGAAGGAUCAUCUCACUUCCCAUCAAAGAAUUCAUACCGGGGAGAAACCCUAUCGGUGCUUCGAAUGUGGGAAAAGCUUCAGAAAGAGCUCCCAUCUCACUUCCCAUCAAAGGAUGCAUACGGGGGAGAAACCCUAUCAGUGCUUUGAAUGUGGAAAGAGCUUCAGCCAGGGAAACUUUCUCACUUCCCAUCAAAGAAUUCAUACAGGGGAGAAACCAUAUCAAUGCCUGGAAUGUGGAAAGAGCUUCAAUUACAGGGCAAAUCUCUUUUCCCAUAAAAAAGCUCAUACAGGGGAGAAACCUUUUCAAUGCCAGGAGUGUGGAAAGAGCUUCAGUCACAGGCAGAGUCUCACUUCGCAUCAAAAAAUUCAUUCAGGGGAGAAACCCUAUCAGUGUUUAGAAUGCGGAAAGAGCUUUGGUCACAGGCAGAGUCUCACUUCCCAUCACAGAAUUCAUACAGGGGAGAAACCAUAUCAGUGCUUGGAAUGCGGAAAAAGCUUCCGGGAGGGGACUAAGCUCUCUUCCCAUCAACGAAUUCACACAGGGGUGAAACCCUAUCACUGCUUAGAAUGUGGAAAGAGCUUUAGUCAAAGCGCACAUCUCACUUCACAUCAACAAAUUCAUACAGGGGUGAAAUCCUAUCAGUGCUUAGAAUGUGGAAAGAGCUUCAUUCUCAGGCAAAGUCUCACUGCCCAUCACAGAGUUCAUACAGGGGAGAAACCCUAUCAGUGCUUGGAAUGUGGAAAGAGAUUCCUGGAGGGGACUGCACUAUCUUCCCAUCAAAGAAUUCAUACAGGGGAGAAACCUUUUCAGUGCCAUGAGUGUGGAAAGAGCUUUCGUCACAAUUCCAGUCUCGCUACCCAUCUAAGAAUUCAUAGCGGGACGAAACCCUAUCCGUGCUUGGAAUGUGGGAUGAGGUUCAAUCGAAAGGACAGUCUCACUUCCCAUCAAAGAACUCAUACAGGGGAGAAACCCUAUCAGUGCUUGGAAUGUGGAAAGAGCUUCAGCCAAAGCGCGAAUCUCAAGACCCACGAAAGAAUUCAUACAGGGGAGAAACCCUAUCAGUGCGUGGAAUGUGGAAAGAGCUUCCGGGAGGGGUCUAAGCUCACUAGCCACCAAAGAAUUCAUACCCAGGAGAAACCCUUAUGGAGGCCUCCCCCUCCGGGUACAGGACAACCGUGAAGUGUUCGGCAGCAGUCCCGUAUCUCAGCAACUCAUACGAGCACACAAACAGGAGAGAAAACGAAAGCUGAGCUGUUGGAAGUAUGCAGCAUCGCUAUAAAUCAAAAUAAAUCAAAGCAAAUCAUAAUAUAAAUAUAGCAACAGUGUGAGGAGCAGCUCACACAGACCUCCUGUCUGUCUGGGAGACAGAACAAAGAGAUGAAAAACCAAAGCACCAAAACGGACGUUCUGUGUCCGGGUUUCUGUUCUCACACUUCCAGAAGGUGUGGAAUGUAAAUAACGAUCACAUGAUCCAGUAAUGGGAAAGUGAAAAUACUAACAUCCUACCCCUUUUCAUGACAACCAUUGCUGCAUAUUUAGCUCAUGGGCGGCUUAUUUAUAAACACAGGCAAUUGUUUUUCGUUAACAACUUUUGACAACAAAGCAGCAGGAAUUAAUUUGACUGGCAUAUAGGACACACGAGUCCUUUUUGGAUACAAUCUCUUGCAUGAUAUAAUUUGAUCUGCAGGUAUUUGGUUCUUUGCUUAUAUUCUUCAGAAUUACGCAAAGCUAUGCAUGAUUUGUUGUCUUGGUAAACCUGUAUAGGACAAUAAACUUUCAUCCACAAUUACAGUAACCAUUCAACAUCCAUGAGUGCAGAUGUCAGAGCACUAAGUUCAGCUUCACAGGAACUUAAACUUACAGUAUGUAGUUUGCAUGACCACUCAGACAGACAGUUAUUAUAACAUACACCUGACGUGCUUUUACCAUCUAUGGAAGGCAUGUCCAAAGUCCAUUUCAGGGGCCUAAUCCGGCCCGGCGGUCAAUUUAAUUCGGCCCCCAUGGCUCAGAGUGCCAACAACCAGUACGUUUCCGAGCACAAUUCAAAGUGUUGGUGCUGACCUUUAAAGCCCUAAACGGCCUCGGUCCAGUGUACCUGAAGGAGCGUCUCCACCUCCAUCGCUCUGCCCGGACACUGAGGUCCAGUGCCGAGGGCCUUCUGGCGGUUCCCUCACUACGAGAAGCCAAAUUACAGGGAACCAGGCAGAGGGCCUUCUCGGUAGUGGCACCCACCCUGUGGAACGCCCUCCCACCAGAGGUCAAAAAGAAAAACAACUACCAGAAUUUUAGAGGACAUCUGAAGGCAGCCCUUUUUAUGGAAGCUUUUAAUCUUUAAGAAAAUUUUUAAUAUUUCUGUUGGAAGCUGCCCAGAGUGGCGGUUGUUAUUAUUACAGUGGUACCUCUACUUACGAAUUUAAUGCGUUCCGAACGCACAUUUGUAAGUCGAAAAAAAUUGUAAGUCAAAUUCCAUAGGAAUGCAUUGGGAGAAAAAAUUCGUAAGUCGAAGCAACCCAAAAUUCGUACAUAGAAAAAAUCCUAUCUAAACCGCAUCCAAGAUGGUGGACGGACCUCCAUUCGUAAGAGGAAACAUUUGUAAGUAGAGUUAUUCGUAAGUAGAGGUACCACUGUAUUAUUAUUAAACAGGCGCUCUGUUUGAGACCAUACAGAGACUUAUUGAGACUGCAUACCAGUCCCUGCUUUACCUGGUACUGUACGCUUUGACCUUGAAACUUGAAACUAGAGCUGAUGAAGAAUGAACCGAAGCAGGGUCUUGUCCUGGAUUCCCCAAAACUGGAUUGCUACUGGAAUUUGUCUUAUUAUUCUCAACCUAAAACUUUCUAAAAAUUAAUCUACUCCCUGGCCAGAGCUCUUGGAAUCUUCUCAUUUGAUUUUCUCAACUCUCCAAGGACUCCAAUUGAUUUAGUACACCGUCAGGCGGUAGCAUGUAGCUAUCCCCAUCCAGAGUACCAUACAAAAAUGCUGUGUUCACAGCGUGAUGUGAAACAUUCAGACCACCUUCAGCAGCAAUUUUAAGCAUCAGCCUUAGCGGCCCUUUGUGACCUGCGUGCAAUAAGCAAAUCUUUCGGAUCAGGUUUGGAGAAAACUGUCCUGUAGUGAAAAGUAGUACCUCUAAGUCUGUAUCAGACUCAUCAGAUGGGCUAAGACAGGCAUCCCCAAA